AUAGAGAAGGCGCUCCCCGGCGAGAGCGGCGCAGGAACUAGCAUCCGCGUGCCUGUCUCCAGGCAACGGCCGUCAACACAGCGCCCGGGGGCGGCAGUCGCGGGGCGGCGGGCAGAGCUCCGCGCUGCCCCGAGGCCAGGAGGAGGAGCCGUGUCUCUCGGGCGAUGUCGGGCCGAUAAGAGUAAACGGGUGGCGACGCAGCUUGCCGAGGAGGUUGGGCGCAGCCCCGGCCGCAGCCUCGCAGGCACUGAAUGGCUUUGUUUCCACCGCUGAAUUCUGUGAUGGCAGCUACUAAUCUUGUUCCCAGUUCCCAGCUGAAACACCAGAAGAACAACCUUCAGCAUGAACUCAUACAUUAUGAAGAGGAAAGCUUGAAGGACCUGUAUGGCCGAAAGAGCCGAAGCUAUUCGCAUUUUCUUUCUGCAGAAAAGAGUCAAUACAGCUCUGGGCAUGGAGGCAUCUUUUCAGCUGGACUGCAGAGCAAGCAUCUCACCAGCCAGACCAAGACUCUACCAGCUAAAUCAGUAGCCAGACGGAAAGAAGGAGUGGACCGUGCAUAUCCCUUGAAACCAAUUUUCCACCAGAAUGGUGUGAGUGUUCCAGUGGUCAACACAGCACAGCUUGGAAGUUCCCCAUAUGUGGAGGAAGCUCCAAAUAGUAGGCCUAGCUCAAUGAGCAAAGGGAAGCCUCUAGCAGGGAGGUCUCAGCUAGCCGCAGGGCUGUCUCCUUGGACAACAGAGCCUAAACUGUCAGCCUCAUAUCUACACAGGAGAGAGCUGGCCUACAUCCUAAAGUUGGAGGCAGAGGGACAGACCCUGGAAGAAGAAAUUCGAAAGAAAGAGACCCUCAUCAGAGAGAAGCUGAGGAGAACAAAGGAGGAGCUUAGGAGGAUUCAAAGAGAGGAGGAGCUUAGGAGGAUUCAAAGAGAGGAGGAACUUGUUGAGGCAGAGGAGAGAAGAGACAGAGAAGUGGAGAGGACCCCUGAGCGAAAGGUUGCAAGACACCCUGAAGAGAAAACUCUCAGAGUUGCAGUCAGGCCAGGUGAUGGGGUGUUCGGGGGAGCACAGUCUGCAGAGGUCACUAUCCACAAGCCUGGCACCACCCUCCACCCCCAAGAGCUGGCUAUGGGGAAACUCAAGAAGGAGCAUCUGGUGGCCAGCAACAGCAAAAUUCAAGACUACAUAUCCAUGGAGUGUUUAGCCUCUUGUUCAGUGCUGGCUCCAAAACAUAGCCCUUCUCCCUCUGCCCUCUCAGACCAAGAUUCUGGUGACCACCCACUCACAGAGGUGCUGUACACGCAGGCUGACAGUGCUGUGGGGCAGGGGGGGCUUGGAGAGUGUAGCUUCUGUGGACGUAAAUUUCUCUGCACCAGGCUCAAGAAGCACAUGAGUAUCUGCAGCAAGAGCCAAGGCUCCAAGAGGAAAGUGUUUGACUCCAGGAAGGCCAGAGCUAUGGGCACAGACCUGGAAAAGUAUCAGCAGUGGAAGAGCUCAGAGAGGCCUCAGAAUAAACCACCCAGAAGGAACACCUGGAGACAGAAGCAUGAGGCUUUCAUCCAGACCCUGCACGAGGCCCAGCAGGUGCAGCAGCAACUCUCCACAGGAGGGAAGGUGUCUGACCUGCCCCCCUUGCCUCCCAUCAAAAACACGGAGGAUGUUGCCUGCCCCUACUGCAGACGCCGAUUUGCUCCCCAAGCAGCUGAGAGACAUAUUCCCAAAUGCAAAACCAUCAAGAACAGGCCCCCUCCCCCAUUGCAGAGGAAGUGCUGCUGAGGUGGUCUCCAACUGUACCUGCUGCUGAUUCCCUCCCUACCUGUUUUCUGUCAAGUUUGCAGCCACAGACACUUGCACUUUCCCCACUCUCAGCACACCCUGUGAGCGUUGUGAGCUUGUGUGCAGAGCAAGUGAACAGCUCAGGACGUAUAAGCAGAAUUCUAGAACUUAUGUAUAUUGACGUGUGCCCUGGAUGCUCCUCCAGGGGCCACUUCUAUCCAGCGAGCUCAUUGCUACAAGCUGCCAGCAGGACAGCAGCGAGGAGCAAAAGAGCCAUCAGAAAGGAGUUGUUCUUCAGAAUCCUAUUUUGCCUGUAGGUUAGGGAUGCUUGGGCUUUUUUCUUUUGUAACAGCUAAUGGUGUCUGAUAUGAAGAGAACUGCUCUCCUUUAACUCAUCAAUGGCUGCAGACUCCGGUUUUUUCCUUCUCCAAAAGCAUAGACUAAUGCUGUUCAUGAGAAGAGCUGGGCCAAACAGAGCAUCUGCCUUUCGUUUGCUCUGCUGCUCUGUAGGUUCACCUCAAGACAUGCUAACAGCGACAGUAGUUCUCAGUGGUGUAGCAUUUUUAUUAUAGCUACCUACAAGAGAUUGGCAUGCAACAGGUUCCUCUUUUUUUUUCCCACAGAAACGACUCUACAGUCUUCUAAACUUUAGAAUUUAGAUAAAGGAUUUGGAAAAAUCAGACAAAGGGAGGGAAGCUAUCUACAAGCAGUUAACUUUUUUUGCAGCAUGCAGACUGCUGUAGUCUUCUGUCCUUGGUAUCUAUGCUAGACAACAGGAUCCAGAGUUGCACUGCUUGGUCAUUGCUCAUGCUGUCCCAUUUGUUAUAGCAUGGUUCGUUUGAAUAAUGAAAGCUGAGUAGGUAGGUUCAUUCCACACUUGGUCUGCAGCAGCCUAAGAGUUUAUUUAGAUGCUUUUCUAGAAUGCUGGUGACAAUCCUGGGGCUACAUCUUACCAGCUGAAGAUCUAUAACAUUACCACUUAGAAAUCCAGUGUGACAUUGUUUGAAUUAGAAAAGAAGAACCAUGAGUAUUAUUAAAUGCUUCCUCAACACAAGAAGCCCAGGAUCAGAAAUUCAGGGGGCUAGAAAAGCUAGCAGUAGCAAGCACCUGCUGUCUGAGUCCAUGUCAAUUUAUGUGCACAGAAGAGCAGAGAUACUCCAAACCAACCAGGCCCCUGAAGCAACAGAAUCACCAUCCCAAUGUCUUAGUUACCAUGUACAAUAGCUGGGACUCAGAGUUGGGAAAGGGCAGAAGGAAUAUUUAAUUAAAGAAUAAUGCCACACAAGAUCAAAAAUAGGUCAUGAAUAAGCUCAGACUGGAAAUUAGGUUUCUAAGUAGGAGAAGAGUGAGGUCAUGGAAAAACCUUCCAAACAUUAGCACAGGCAGGGAACCUACAUUGUUUAAAGAUGGACUUGGACAAGAUCAUGGAAGGGAGCAUAUGGCAGGAGUUAGCAAGUAAGAACCAUGAUACAGAGCAUUUGUUCCUGUCUCCAGGCUUCUUGUAUAAAGUGUGAAGGACAGAUCAGUGACAGUUUUGUGCCCCAGUGUAUCAUUUCCAGGAACAGAGAAGGAAUUUCCUUCCCAUGGCAACCUUCCCUUGAUUCCUAGUUUGGCUUUUGAUUUAUUUUUAAUUUCUAUCCAAAAUGUUUAAGAAUUGCUACAGUUAGAAAAGCCACACACCCAGCUCCCCCAGACAGUACACUAAGGAACUUCACAUCAGGAAACCUGUUAGCUGUUUCACUCAUAUGUUCGGGAUUAAAUCAACAAUUAGAUUUAAUAUAAAAAACUGGUGUUUUCCUGCAGGCCAAGUUGCUAGGGACCUCUAAAACACAAGGGCUGUACCCUUCCUUGAGUCAUCUGCUUAUUUUCAUCUUCAUUGUUGCAAUGGCAGGGAGUUAUGACAAAAACAUACCCCUUCAUUUGCUUUUUUCUUGAGAUAUAAGGUAGUUCUUGAUGAUUUUGGCCUCAUGCUAAAGGUCUUUGUCACACUGCUGAAGGGCCUUUUGGAGGAAAACAGGUGUCCUACAGCCCCUUUUAGAGAAGCAUCUGCUUAUAACUGGUGACAGUUCCUGCACAUUUCUAUAACAGUUAUUUUUCCAGAUUCUGAUUUUUAAUAAAAUAAACUAGUUCUGUUGUGUAAAAGUU